AUGUUCGUAAGCAUUUUCGUCAUGUCAAUGGCCAUUUUAACACUUCACGGAUAUUUGCCGAUGGACAUCACACCGGUUUUGGCAGGAAGACACUUGAAAUCUGAGCCAGGGAAAUUACCCAAUUGGGAUCAGCUCAAAUUUUUCUGGAACGUCGGCAAGGUUUUUGUGACAGCUGAUUACCAGUCUUGCAUCGGAGAAGUUCUCUGCGAAUAUGACGAAGCUGCGUUUUCAAAAUCCAGAGUCUGGUCCGACGCGAAUUUUGCCAAGAAUUCUACACGAUUCAAACAGUGGAAUUCAGUGAUGAGAUUCAAACAACCCGCAGCGAUUUUAGCAGCAGUCCUACUUCUCGGCGGUUGUCCAGAUGUCGCUUCCUGGCGCUGGUUCGAAUACAUUGAAAUGGACGCCAUGAAUGAGACUGUGGAAGCGACACCAGUGCAAAUCAUGUUCCUUGCCCUCUUCACAUUUUACAUGAUCAUUUUGGCAUAUCACAACUAUCUACCUUUGGAAAUCACACCAGUGUUGAAUGGAGGACGGAACUUCGAUGGAGUGACAUCUGGAUUUUUUCACGGCACUGGAGGAAAACUGCCCGAUGUCCAGUUCAUCAGGAACACUUGGAAUUUUGGCAAGAUUACUUUUGCGUUGCUGUUGCCAAUACCGACAUACACGACAGUUGCGUCGUCAAUGACCAUCUCAAUCCCAUUUGUGCUCGACUUGCCGACAUCGACGACACUUGGGAUAAAUAGCAUCAAUGGCAGGUCAUUCACUGGUGCCUCGACGCGACGGGAAUUCUACGACAUUAUGGAAAAAAUGCUACAGAGAAUGUUUUGCAAUUUCUCUUCGACCACUGCCAAAAGAUUCGGGUUGGAUGGGAAAGCGUGCAUAUUGAGAGCAAUUUGCGAAAUUGGCGAUGCGCCUUUGCUCCACGACGGAUUACUGGGAGAGGUCUUGUCCAUGGUUUUAAGAGCAUCUUACAACAUGGACACAAGUGACACCCACACCAUCAAGAAACUGCGCUACAAGCAAUUCCUCGACGCUGAAAAGUUUGGCAGGGAAACUGGAGGAAAGUGCCACUUGGCAUACCCGACGUGUCCGGUGUCCCUGACCAACUUGUUCCCAUGAAGCUAUAAUUAUAAGCACACAUCGGGAGAACACUCGACUUCCGGACGCGAAACAAGUUUUCGUUCUAGAGAAUAUCUAGUAACGAGAAAAAAUCAGUGAACCUAAUUUAUUGUCGUGGUUGGCCGCUGGUCCGAGAGCCAGCCUCGUUGUCCAACGGAGUGUGCAAAAUAAUUAUAUUACGCUGCCUCUCAAGCUACGCUGGUCGUUAUUUCUUGAGGAGAAAUGAG